AUGAUGAUGGCCUUGAGGGAAGCCUCUGCUUUCCUGGUUUUGUUCCUUUCUACUUUUCUGCCUCCGCCACAGUGUGCCCAAGACCCAGCCAUGGUGCAUUACAUCUACCAGCGCUUUCAAGUACUGGAGCAAGGGCUGGCAAAGUGUACCCAAGCAACCAGAGCAUACAUUCAAGAAUUCCAAGACUUCUCAAAAAACAUAUCUGUUAUGCUGGGAAGAUGUUUGGCCUACACGAGUGAGUAUAAAAGUGCAGUCGAUAGCCUGGCAACCAAAGUGGAACGUGCCCAAAGGGAAGUUGACUACCUAGAGUACCUUCGAGAAUCUGAAGUGUGUGUAGAAUCAGAAGACAAGAUCUUGGCAGAAAAGCUACUCCAAGAAGCUGAAGAAGAGAAGAAGAUUCGGACUCUGCUGAAUGCAAGUUGUAACAACAUGCUGAUGGGUAUAAAGUCUCUGAAAAUAGUGAAGAAGACUAUGGACACAGAUGGCUCUUGGAUGAAAGAUGGUGUCAGUGACUCUCCAAAAGUUUAUUUCUUAAUUGGAUCCAGAAACAACACUGUUUUGGAAUUUCCAAAUUUACGGGCAUUCAUGGAGGAUAGCACCAAGCCAGCCCCCCGGAAGUUAAUCCUAACACAUUCCUGGCAGGGAACAGGCCAUGUGAUCUACAAAGGCUUCCUCUUUUUUCAUAACCAAGGGACUCCCAAUGAGAUAAUCAAAUAUAAUCUGCAGAAGAGGGCUGUGGGAGAUCGGAUGAGGCUCCCAGGAGGGGCAGGGAGAUCACUGGUCUACCAGCAUUCCCCUUCAACUUACAUUGACCUGGCUGUGGAUGAGCAUGGGCUCUGGGCCAUCCAUUCAGGACCAGGCAUCUAUGGCCACUUGGUCCUCACGAAAAUCGAACCUGGAUCAUUGGGUGUGGAGUACUCAUGGGAUACUUCCUGCAGAAGUCAGGAUGCUGAAGCCUCGUUCCUCUUGUGUGGGGUUCUCUAUGUGGUCUACAGUUCUAGUGGCCAUGGGCCCCAUCGCAUCACCUGUGUCUUUGAUCCGCUGGGCACUGUCAGUGAGGAGCAUCUGCCUAACUUGUUCUUCCCCAGGCGGCAGAGAAGUCAUUCUGUGAUCCAUUACAACCCUAGAGAUAAACAGCUCUAUGCCUGGAAUGAUGGAAACCAGAUCAUUUACAAACUCCAGACAAAGAGAAAACUGCAUGUGGAAUAA